CAAAAUAACUACAUUUAUUAUAGUUUUUGUGAAAUUGUAAAAUGGCUUUUAAUUUGAAGGGGUGUUUCAGUGAUAUCAUUGAGUGAUUGGGGACCACACGGAUAAUUGAAAGGAAAGCAACAUGAAACCGCGACUUCAUUCUGACGUUGACUUCAAGUCAACCUCUCUUUUUCCAACACAACAAACUAAUGGUUCUGCAAUGAGUUUCACAAAAGAAAAAGUUGAACAAUAAUUCAUCAUUUUAGCAAAAGCGACAGUAGAAAAAAAUAGGAUGUGGUACAAUAAAUGUGUGACUGGUCCACACGCAUAUAGUAAAACUGUGAAGGAUGUUUCACUAUUAAUGUUAAAAAUGGACACUCAUAAAUAACUCUUACUGCAAACUCAUUUCCUGCUUUUGGUUUUUACAGAUCCUGAUACUAAAUCAACACUCCUAACUGAAAUACUAUCGCUGCCAUUUACUCUCAUGGCUAUGCAAUUACCAUAUUCUUCCUCCUCUUUCGUCUCUAAUGAUUUCACCUACGACGUGUUCAUUAGUUUCAGGGGCACCGACACUCAAUUCGGUUUCACCGGUAACCUCUAUAAAGCUCUUUCUGACAAAGGAAUCAACACCUUCAUUGAUGACAAGGAGCUUAAAAAAGGGGAUGAAAUCACACCUUCGCUCCUCAAGAGCAUUGAAGAGUCGAGGAUUGCCAUUAUCGUUUUCUCUAAGGAAUAUGCUUCUUCUUUGUUUUGUUUGGAUGAACUUGUCCACAUCAUUCAUUGCUCCAAUGAAAAGGGUAGCAAGGUUAUUCCUGUUUUCUAUGGCACCGAACCUUCUCAUGUGCGAAAACUAAAUGACAGUUAUGGUGAAGCGCUUGCUAAGCAUGAAGAUCAGUUUCAAAAUAGCAAGGAAAACAUGGAGUGGUUGCUGAAAUGGAAGAAAGCUCUUAACCAAGCUGCUAACUUAUCUGGCCACCAUUUCAAUCUUGGAAAUGAAUAUGAACGUGAUUUUAUUGAAAAAAUAGUUACAGACGUCUCCUACAAGAUCAACCACGUUCCUCUACAUGUUGCUGAUUACCUUGUUGGACUCAAAUCUCGAAUAUCAGAAGUGAACUCACUUCUAGACUUGGGGUCUACUGAUGGAGUCUGCAUAAUAGGAAUCCUUGGAACCGAAGGAAUGGGCAAGACAAAACUUGCUCAAGCAAUUUAUAAUUUGAUUUCUAAUCAAUUUGAAUGUUUGUGUUUCCUUCACAAUGUGAGAGAAAAUUCAGUUAAACAUGGCUUAGAGUAUCUCCAAGAGCAGAUCCUCUCCAAAUCAAUCGGAUUUGAAACUAAGUUUGGACAUGUUAAUGAAGGAAUUCCAGUCAUAAAACGAAGGCUAUAUUAGAAGAAAGAUUUGUUGAUUCUCGAUGACGUUGACAAAAUAAAGCAAUUGCAGGUUUUGAUCGGACAGGCUGGUUGGCUUGGUCGUGGCAGCAGAGUAAUCAUCACCACUCGAGACAAACAAUUGUUAUCAUCUCAUGGGAUUAAAUUUUUUUACGAAGCAUAUGGUUUAAAUAAGGAACAAGCUCUUGAAUUGUUAAGAACAAAGGCUUUUAAAAGUAAGAAAAAUGAUUCAAGCUAUGAUUACAUUUUAAACCGUGCAGUUAAAUAUGCUUCUGGCCUUCCAUUAGCUUUAGAAGUAGUGGGUUCCAACUUGUUUGGAAAGAGUAUAGCAGAAUGUGAGUCUUUAUUAGAUAAGUAUGACAGAAUUCCACAUGAAGAUAUCCAAAAGAUUCUUAAAGUUAGCUAUGACGCUUUGGAUGAAGAACAACAGAGUGUCUUUUUAGAUAUUGCUUGUUUCUUUAAAGAGCGUAGAAAGGAGUUUGUCCAAGAGGUACUUCAUGAUCAUUAUGGUUAUUGCAUAAAAAGCCACAUUGGAGUGCUAGUUGAUAAAUCUCUUAUAAAGAUUAGUUUUUAUGGUGGGGUGACAUUACAUGACUUGAUAGAGGAUAUGGGUAUAGAAAUCGUCCGACAAGAAUCACGUAAUAAGCCUGGAGAACGCAGUAGGUUGUGGUGUCAUGACGAUAUAGUUCAUGUUUUACAGAAAAACAUAGGAACUAGUAAAAUUCAAAUGAUAUAUCUGAAUUGUCCCUCAGAGGAACCUGUAAUAGAGUGGAAUGGAGAGGCCUUUAAGAAGAUGACAAUCUCAAAACACUUGUCAUAAAAAGUGGUCAAUUUUCCAAAAGUCCUAUGUAUAUUCCAAGUACUUUGAGAGUAUUGAUAUGGGAAAGAUAUUCUUUGAAGUCUCUAUCAUCUAGUAUUUUUAGCGAGGCAAGUGAAUUUUCCAAUUGUGCAUAUUUAUAAAUUCACUAUUAGAUUUUAGUUUUUAGUUACUUAUUUCUUAUUUUUUUAUGCAGAAGUUCAACUAUAUGAAAGUCUUGACAUUGAACCAUUGUCACUAUUUAACUCAUAUACCCGAUGUCUCAGGUCUAUCAAAUUUUGAAAAGUUCUCGUUUAAAAAGUGUAAAAAUUGAAUUACAAUUCACGAUUCGAUUGGGCAGCUAAGUAAACUUAAAAUCUUAAAUGCAAAAAAUUGCAACUCGCUAGAGAGUUUUCCACCCUUACGGUUGCCCUCUCUUAAGCAAGUGAAACUCGCUUAUUGUAGGAGUCUCAAGAGUUUUAUAGUGAUUCUAUAGUGAUUUCAAAUGUGGAUCACGUUCUUCUCAACCAAAGCAACUUAUCAGAUGAAUGUCUCCCAAUACUUCUCAAGUGGUGUGCUAAUGUGAAAUUGUUAUACUUAUCUGGUAACAAUUUCAAAAUUCUUCCUGAGUGCCUUAGUGUAUGUCACCUUCUUAGGAUCCUUAAUUUGGAUGAAUGCAAGGCUCUUGAAGAAAUUAGAGGGAUUCCACCAAAUCUAAAUUACUUGUCUGCAAUGGAAUGCGAUUCAUUGAGUUCCUCAAGUAGAAGAAGGCUAUUGAGUCAGAAACUACAUGAAGCUGGAUGCACUGAUAUUCGUUUUCCAACCAGAACAGAGGAGAUUCCAGAUUGGUUCGAGCAUCAAAGCAGGGGACAUGGCACAAUUUCUUUCUGGUUUCGUAAAAAGAUCCCUUCUAUUACUUCUAUUCUUCUUUGUCCUGGAACCGGGCAGAUUUCAGAAGUCGAUUUGUUUGUCAAUGGCGAUGAAUGUUAUGAUUCUAAUUAUUUAUGGUGUGGUUCUAACUUUAUGGCGAGUCCAGACUCAGAACAUGCAUUUUUGUUUGACUUGAAAUUGGAAGAACAGAUUGACUUACAGUAUGAAGUGGACUUAGCAGAAUGGACUCAUGUGGAGCUUAAGUUGACGAUUGAGGAUGAUUAUAGUGACACGGAGGAGAAUGAUAUUAGUGAGGAUGAGAAGAUUAAUAUAUUAAGGAGUGCACCAAUGGGAAUCCACGUUUUAAAGGAGAAAAGCAACACGGAGGAGGAUGUGAUAUUCACCAAUCCUUAUAAUAGAAAGAGAAAAUUAGAUGAAUAUCUGAAUGCUUCAUUAUCACAAUUUGAGUCUCCUUUGAAAAAGCAAAGAUUGGUAGGAGUGGGAGUUUUAGAGAUAGAAAUUUUUCAGCAGCAACAUCUAGAAGCUUUACUGUCAGGCAUGCGGAACAUGGUGCUAACUGAAACAAAAUAAAAGUAACACCAAGGCUAAAUUCCUUGGUCCAGCUAUAACAUAAGGAUUCUUCAAAUUUAUCAUAAGCAAUCAGUUCUGAUAAAAGUUUAGGAAUCCAUCUCUCGGUCCGACUAUAUUCCUUCAAUCCGGGUGUAGUGGAAGUUGGGGACUUUCACACAACAUCUAUUAGAUUGCGUCGAAUCCUAGAUUUAUGUUGUUACAAGAAACCAUCUGUAGUGAUCUGGCUAUUCGCAUUGUCAUGCGGGAUGAUGUGAUUGUUCAAGAAUGGAGGAUGUUUGAAAAUUAAUGAUAUGCUUUGAAUCUCGGUUGAAGAGUUUUGAAAAUUUCAAUGUUGAGUAAUAUAUGCAUUGUUCAAGAAGAAAAGAAGAAUGGAGGAUGAUGUGAUUUUCAUCAAUCCUUACAGAGAGAGUAAAUCAGAUAAGGAUAUCAGAGUUUCUGAGACAGAACUUGUGUAGACGCAACAACACUGUAUGGCUCUUGUGUUUACAAGGACCAUAUUUUCAUCACUAAACAUGUUUUUUUUCCGCAUUUGGCAGAAAAGUGAUUUGUCCAGCUAGCCACAUAAUAGAAGACGCUGAAGUAUUCUUGUGUUUCGUUAAAGUCUGGGUUUGUAAUAAAUAGAAAGUCUAUUUUUUUUUAUUCGUAUUUUUCCUUUUUAUUGGAUCAACAAUGCACUACUCAUGUUCAUAUGAUUAAAUUGAUUUUAGGAAUACAAGUGUUUCUACAUACUGUGAUAUUGACAGAUGGUUCA